AGUUUAGCGCGCUGCCGAUCCUGCGCCUGUUGGUGUAUAAUAUGUGCAGUUCAAGCGAGCAGCUCUGUUAAACGGAUUAUUGUUGUGAUAAAGAGCAUAACUACUAAAGUUUCAGCAACUGCAAUGGCCAGGCGGUCCUUCACAACCUUUUUCCAUUGAGCUGCGGGAUGAAGAACAGAAAACAUCGGUCCCUCAAAGCUGGAUGUAGCAAGAAGAGAGUCCCCAGCGACGUGUCCCCCGCCACCAGCCUCCCUCCUCUAGUGGAGGGCGAGCUAAGAUGCUUCCUGCAGGUAUCAAUAAGCCGGGUAUUGUGGACAAUUCACAAGCCUCCCUCUGCAACAUUCGUCCGUCUGCGCUGGUGGGGAGAGUCUUCAAAUGGGACACACUUCUUUCCAAGGGAUGGAUCCCAUGCGUCACAGAAGACUAUCAAGACCACAUCCCGCUUCCCCAUCCGCUGUGGGCCAAAGCAGUUCACCUCAUAUUUGACAGAUAUGAGCUCGCUGGUGCUGGAGCUUCUGACAAAACCGGAUCAUUUGCCAAUCGCACGGGCUGAGGUUGCAGGCAUCUCUCGUCUCUCUCUGUCACACCCCAUCAGUGGAUUUUACACGCUUGUAUCUCCGACAUCUGAGAAGUUGGGAGAGUUACAGGUUUCCCUUAAUUUGGAGCCUCUUACAGAAGCCUAUGACAGCAGCAGCUCAGGUCCCAUCCCAGAAAUCGGCAAGGAAAGACCUCAAAUCACCACGCUGGCCAUGCCCUCUCAGCCCAGAACGCUCUCAGCUGGCAGUGGGAAAGGAUCAGCUGGGAGCAGCUGUGGAAACACUCCAAGAGGAAAAGACCACUUGUAUUUCCAAAAUGCACAGAAAGACGAAGAACCACUUGAGAAUCUGAUGCCCACAAAAAACAAAUCUCACAACAGUGAAAGUAAGGAGCCUUGUGGCCAAGCAACCACUGAUAUCCUUUCAGUUAUUCUAGAGCGUGGGAACAAGCUCAGAAAUGCUAUGGUGGUAUCGGCUUUGCAUUGUGACACGGAUUCUGCCCCGGCUCUGAAAGACACUCCACUACCUCUCCCAAAGGAUAACAUCCUGCUACCUUCAAAGCGCUUCCCUUCUCCCACUGGAGGUUUUCUUCAAAAUAUUCUUUUUGCUGAUUCCACUCUAAAGCCCUCUGAGGAAGUUGCUGUCAUCUCAGACUGCAGUUUAGACUGUCCCGUUGACAUGGACAACAGAGCUGUGGACCUGCUUCUUGGCAGGUACUUGACUGCACAUCUACUCCCAGAGACAACAGAAUAUAUGAGCCGCAUUAUUUUUUUCUUUCUUUCCGUUUGGUUUAGCUUGAACACAUCUCCUCUGCAUCUGUGGGAUGGAGAUGGCUCAAUCCCUGAUUCUCUGUCUGGCCACAGCAGCGUGUGUGAGGACAGCGAGCUCAACGAUCCGCAAUAUGAUCAGAGCUUAUUGGAGAAUCUCUUCUACAAAACUACUAUUUCAGAUAUCAGACCAAACGACACAGAGGCGGAGGGCCAGGGAACAGUGUCCCCAAGCAAACACCAGCUGACGCAGGCUGCACCCCACCUCGCUGGAGGUUCAAACUCUGCAGGUGCUGGUGGGAUUCCUCCUGGCGUUAGUGCAGAGCUGAUGUCGCUGCUGAGUUCGAUCAGACUGGCAAGAGUGGCGAUCGACUCCCUGGCCGUGUCUGCAGGCGGUGCAACCGGCGCACAUAGAAAGACCCCGAGCAAAGGGAAACCUCCUCGAGCGGUAACCGGCAAGAAGUGCACAUAUUUCAUCGAGUACGUGUUCCCAGUGGCCUCCACUUCCAGUCGACAUGAUCGUAGUAAGAGUGGAGAUGGAGAGGUGACAAGAGCUGCUGCCAGUAAAGUCACAGGAGGAAUGGUGAAGUUCCAUCAGCCCUCCGUGUUUCCGGUCCACUUUGAUACAUCAACAGUGAAGAAAUGGUGGGGAACUGAUCUGAUUUUCAACAUUUACUCACGAAAGAGCGACCAGAAGAAACCGGUUCCCAUCGGCAAGGCAGUUCACCCACUGCGAUGUCUGCUGGAGAGCAAGCAGCUGAGUCAGUCUGUCGUCUUACCUGUGCAGAGUGUGGAGGCAGACGGGAAGACACAGGAGAUUGGACCGCUCAAGGUCUCACUAGCACUUAGUAGAGAGAACAGAGAUUUCCCUUCUGAAAAGAGUAAAAGAAAAGUGGCUCAGAGAGAUGCUUCACCUUCCCACACGGCGCCCAGUCCUCAGAGAGAGACCAGCUCCAGGUCUCCACGUGUUCACACCGACAGGGAGGAGUUACCAACUCACUCCUUAGAAGUUCCCAGGCUGAAUGUUUGGACUCCUCAGAAACCCUCGAAGGAACCCUCACCCCAUCCCGGACUCCACACAUCUCCUCAUCGUUCACGGCAUCAGGAGGAAGACUCUCAACUCCUGCUGCAUACGUUGCUCAUGGUUCCAGAUGGAAAGAACUUUAACUGUGGGCCCAUGCAGGCUCCGAACGUGUAUUUUAACUGCAAACUGUGGUGUGAUGAGACGGCGAGAUCUGUCAUCAGCUGGGGUCAGGCAAACCCCUGUUUCAACUUCGUUCAGGUGACGCCUGUCGCCUUAACAUCUAAGCUGCUGGAGCGAAUGAAGAAUAAUGUGAUGGUGAUUGAGGUGUGGCAGAAGACGGCAAGUUCGGGGCAGGAUCGACUCCUCGGCAUAGUUAAACUACCUCUCCACCAGUUCUACAUGUCAUUUAGGGAUCCAAAGAUCACCCACCUUCUUCUCCAGGCCCAGUACCCAGUGUUGGGGGUGGACUGCUACAUGCCAGUCGUCGAUGUGUUCUCAGGUAGUUGUAAUGGACACCUCAGGGUCGUUUUGGCUAUGGGCCAGUCAGAGCAAAUAGUCUCCCUCCAGCGCACAAGGGAUGAAGAAUACGACCGCUUGCCUCAUCUACUGAGACCAGUUCAUCUGCUUGAUCACCAGCCUCAUUCAAACACAAAGGGGCGAUCGGCACAAGAGGAACCAAUGAGAGAACAUCUGUUUGUGAUAAGAGUGGAGGGGGUUAAGGGCCUCACACCUCUGCAGUCCACCGUUUGGGGAGAAGCUGACUGCUACGUCCAGUACGGCUUCCCCUGUCAGGAAGGUGACCCUGCUGCAAAUUUGGACCAAAGCCUCAUAGAGAGCAGCGUCAACCUGAAACCGUUUCGUACCACUACAACUCUCUGUGUCCCUGACCCGCUGUUUGGACACGCUGAGACUCAUGUGCUUCUGGCCCCUGAAGGCCUUCCAGUUCAGAGGCUGCUGCUCAGCUCUCUUUCUAGUCAAGGCCUAAGCAGUGGAGGGGGUGUCCAGUUCGAAGUGUGGUGCAGGUAUUAUUAUCCAAACGUUCGGGACCAGCUGGUGGCCAAAGGAGUGCUCCCAUUGGCCAAGCUGUGUGCCAUGGUCACCAUGCAGAGACAGCAUCCGAAUGAGGCUCAAAAGUUCUCCCUGCCCCUGAUUCCCAGGACGGACAGUCCCACGGGGCAUCAGCCUCAUCCCUCAGGCCUACUCGAUGUGUGCAUUCGGUACAAGCACCGACCGGUGCGACCUGAAGGUCGGACCAGUAAAGGAGUCGCCUCUCGCGUCGUUACGCUCGUGGUCCAGGUGCACAGAGCGUCAGGUCUGCAGGCCGCAGCGAGGGUUUUAUCGGAGCAAGAUGAAAGAUUUAGCUACUUUGCCGGGGUGGGCGUGAACUCGUUCAUCACGGUUGAGUUCUCCUUCUUGCCUGAGAGUGAAAGGAGGUGCACCCGCAUGGCCCCCAGAACCUUCUGCCCGGAGUUCGACCACCACAUGGAAGUGUCCUGUGAUCUGCUUCUUGUGAGGAGCAGCGGAGAAACCUGCAGCUUGGCUGAGCAGCUGGUGGAAGCCUCUGCUGUCUUCACUGUCUGGAACAAAGACAAUCGCAAAGCAGUGCACACUUCUAGACCUAAGGAUGUGGUGUUGGGCACAGUGAAAAUACCUCUUGCUGAUCUCAUCCAUAAAAGAACGGGUAUUUCUGGCUGGUUUGGAGUGUAUACACCUCAGGACCAGCACACCUUGGUUGGGGGCCUUGAGAUCUCCGUCACCUUUGCCCACCACUCAGACAGGGAAAGAGUCAUCAAAGCUGCUCAGGGGCUCAGCUGGGAAAUAUCCCAGAAUGAAAUGCUGGUUGAUGAAGAAGCUUUGGGAGAAGGCAGGAGAAGAAUGUCUGUGACAUUCGCGAUGCCCAGAGCUUGGAUACCUGUCCACUGCCUGCUUCUGCCGGGCCUCAAUGAGUUGGAGCGCUCCACCUACUGCUACUUCAGGUACAAGUUCUACGACCAGGACGCAUUCUGCUCCCAGAUGAGACACCCCGCUGUCGAGGAGGGCAGCCGAGCCACGGUGGCUUUCCAGGAAAGUAGAACUGUGGAGCUGAAGGGCACUCAGCCCUUGAUGUGGUAUCUUCGGGAGGAAAAGCUGGAGGUACAGGUGUGGGUUGCCUUCACAAAAGACAAAGCCCAAAGGCCCCGAGACACAGACCGACUGGUGGGUUCAGCGUUUGUGGAUCUGUCCCCUCUCACAAAGACACCCUCGCGGAAGCCAACUCUCAGUGGAGUGUAUCCCCUGUUCAGACGCUCAGCAGCAGAUCUACAAGGGGCUGCUCUCAGGGUGCACAUCGCCCUGACAACGGGGCCUCUACAUGAGGAAGCAUGGACAGCCCCUGCUGGCGUUGACCUCCAAGUGGACUCGGACAGCCAGGAGGAGCCCUCAUCAGAAAAGGUGGAAGCAGCAGAUCGAGCCCCCUCGCCCACUACACCCAAAACAUCACCACGAGGACACAGGAACAAAUCCUCCAGAUCAACCCCUCACAUCGCUUCGGGGCAGCACACAGGAAUGAACGAGGAUGACUCUUUCCCUGUGACUAUUGCAGUGGACCAGGCCAUGCACCUGAAUCUGAAGGGCUGUCCCCUAGCAGAGCGCAGUGAAGGGUCACCAUCCUGCUGUGUUUCGUACCUCACUGCAGACUCGGCCGAGCCGGUGUCCACAACUGUCCUGGCCAACACCGACUGCCCUGUGUGGGACCAUCAACAUGAGUGCAGGCUUUCCAAGCAACUGCUUGUGGAUCCACAACAGUCGCUGGUGUUCAAAGUCUGGCACAAAGGAGAAACAGAGCGGGUUAUUGGAUUUGCCCCAGUAGACCUGUCCCCUUUAGUCUGCGGCUUCCAGUCAGUGUGUGGUUGGUACAACAUCACAGACUUCAGUGGUCAGUGUCACGGCCAGCUUAAAGUGUCCAUCACUCCACAAAAAGGGGUCCAAGACCUCAGAGAACAGAGAAAAACUGUGAACGAAGAAGCUUCCAAAAAUUCCCCGAAAUCUUUAUUCCAGGCACUCCCCCUCAGCUACCACACCACAGCCACAUACAGCAGCUUCCCCUCUCACAUCAGCCGAUACUCCGAGCAGAAGAUCUCGUCGCCUGACCACACGGACAAGCUGUUCUCCGAAAGGUCAAGUGAGAGUGAGCGCCACUUUGAGCACAUGGACCAAGUACGUCAUUACCAUCAGAGUCUGCAGGAGCAAACAGCGGCUCAUUCUGACAUCAGUCCCUCCAGCUCCUUUCUGUUUUCAGCACUCAGGAAAAAACUAAGUGAGCUGGACCACAUGCAGAGAUACUUCAGCCGUAAGAUUUCUACACCGACGUUCCCGUCCGUAAGUGAGCAGGAGGGUCCCGCCAAGCAUGAGGAGCAGAGGGACACAGAGACGGACACGUCUCAGCUGCUCCUCAAGUCCAACCACUUGGUUGGACAAGUUAACAGUAUCAUUAAUGGUCUACGAGGAAACCACCUCGAAACGAUUCCCUCAGAUCCCCAGAGCAACUCAACCACUUCUCCUGUUGGAGACAACUCUGAAACUCUGCCUGAGAGCAUCUCCAGUCCACGCAGAGCUACGCACGCUUUCCCGGAAGAUCUCUCUCCUCUGCACUCGCCAAAGGUGUCUGGAGUCCGUACUGACUCUGAGCCUGAGGAAGAAAAGAACAGUCGAAUCAACAAGGUCACUGCCUCCGAGGACGAAGAAGGAUCAGACAAAGAUGAAGAUGGGACAGGUAGCACCCAGGAUGAGGAGGCUGAUGAUGAUGAUGAUGAGGAGGCUGAUGAUGAUGAGGAGGAUUACGAGGAGGUUGUGGUGAAGCCGAGGCAUCUGAAUGAGGUGACCUCGCUGACAGACAAAACCAGUCCUUGGACCAGCAUCCUGUCGGAGCCCGACUGGAUUUCUCUGAGGAGCCCGGAAGCGCCAGAGGAGCCGUUUCUGAGCGAGGGUGAGGACGAGAAAAGACGGGCGGUACCUCGUCAGUGCGAAGGUAAAAACAAACGUGCCAGAAGUGAAGGAAGUGACGGUUUUAAUGGAUCAGGGGGAGAGGUUUCGGACACAGAGCGAGACUGUGAGAGGACGAUACCAACUUUAGACGAAGGACUAUCAGACGAGCCCGACCACCCCAACAAGGAGGCGAGGGACAACGCUUCAUCACCCACCACAGAUACAGACGAUGCUUCAUGCUCCACAAGCGCCCCACUCCAAACCUUGGUCCCUACGGAGAUCCCUAAUUUUUUCCUCCCCUCUCACCAACUGGAGGCAUCUAUGAGAGUCAUACGUUUAGCUCCUUCUUUCUCCAACACAGUCAGAGACCCGUCAGGCGUUUGUGCACCUUUGUAAAUGGAUGCAGCUUCCGGGAGGGCGCGGCCAUGUUGGAUAUGCGUAGGCGCUGGAGUCUGAGGUGUGCCUGUCCCUGGGGGAGCCGGUUCAAACUAGUCACUUGUUGCUGAUCUCCUGAUUGUACUCCCAAGUACUACGGAGAGACACGUGACUAUCUGUUAAGCCAAAGAAAGGCUUGCUCUGUUUGAGCAGUCAUUCAUACCACACACACCUCAAACGCACAAUAAACUAUCCCAUCACUAA